UAUCAGUAAAACUAAUUAGAAGUUACAGUUGCUUGCCACGAAAGUAAGACAGUGUUUUAAUAAAAAGAGAAAGUGACGCCCCUCAUACUGCAGUUGAAUAACCGAUUUCUAAAUAUGAUGUUACAUUUUUUCCUAUUUGUGUUGUUAUCUGGAAUAGUAAGUGGAACGUUAAUUGUGAAUCCAGUAGCAGCACCAUGGCUGCAAAUGAGUGCUAACAACGUAACAGAAGGGCUACCCAUCACUCUGAAAUGUACAAUCCAUUCAUCCCCAAAUUCUUCUCCAGUCACGUGGUCUUGGAAAUGUGGAAAUGACAACUUGACCAGGAAUGCAACGAGCACAUUAGAGGAAUCUGUCUUGAAGAUUAGCGCGGACAGGAAAUACAACGGUGAGGCGUGUUAUUGUAAAGUCUGGCCGAGAUCUGCAAACGAAACAUACAGCAAAAUGUCUAAUCACAUGACGAUUAAUGUCAAAUAUACUCCACGAGACGUGCCUUUCCUGAAUGCCUCCAAUACAGUUGUAUCGGCGGGGGAUGAAAUCACCCUGAUGUGUACACUCGAUUCUCUGGGAAACCCUCCCAUUCGAUGGUCAUGGAAGUGCGAUCGAGCCUAUAUAUACAACAGAAGAAUUUAUAACCUUAAUGCGACGUCAAAACUUGUGCUUGAUGCUGAUAGAAAUCUGAAUGGGAAAGUUUGCUACUGUGUGGCGAAAAGUUACCCUCUACAGUACGAAGCUGCAUCCAAUACUAUCUCUCUUACUGUAUAUUCGUCCCCUGAUGGCUUACCAGAAAUAGAUAAAUCCGUUUAUUUUGUUGACGAGAAUACCCCAGUCAAGUUGAGCUGUUCCCUGCGCUCUGCUGGAAACCCCCCUGUAUCGUGGCUGUGGUACUGUGACAACAAACUGCAGACGAGAGGCAUCAAACACUCGGGUUCGAGGUCGGCACUGACUAUAAUUGCACAGCGGAAAGACCACAACACUGCAUGUUACUGUCGGGCAAGAAGCGAAUCGCAGUGGGGAAAUUACGAUAAAAAUUCGUCUAAAGCCAUUAUAACAAUCAAAUCCCAAGUUAAGCCAACUUCUAGCAACUCUAGUGCUGGAAUCAGUGCCGGGGUUUUUGGUGCCGUGACCGGGAUUUUUGUACUGAUGCUCAUCCUUGCCGGUGCUAUUAUUUUUAUUCACCAUAGAAGAAUUGACGAUAUAGGUAAACAGUUUCCUACCGGGACAAGGGAGAACGUAAACGACACAGGUGGUGGACAAGACAAUCUAAAUUACAGAACCCUCCGGGAAGAAGGCGUCCACUCCAAAGAUUAACAUACAACAUGGAAUUUCUCUGAGAUAUAUUAGAGUCGCAUUUUUAUUCAUUUACUGAUGAAUUUUCCACAAAAAUAAUUUCUUCCUGCACUAUUGAAAAAUGAUCCUUUAUAAAUAUGUUAAUAUACAUGUACAUAUAUAAAUUUUUACUUGUAUUGAUGUUUUUACGCGGACAGAGAUUUAAAAAUUUGCAGGAUCUGAGACAAGAAGUGUUUAAUAUUAUUUCACAUAUGGAACCAGAACAGGUUGUGCACAUUUUUAUGACUGGUUAAAGCGAAAUAAGAAAUGUGUUGAGUUAAA